AUGUCUGCCAUGGCCGACACACUCACAUCUACACUCACAUCCUACCUCAACGCCCUUAAUGCCCAGACCAUCCCCGCGCUCCUUCACCGCAUCCGCCAAGCAAAACCGGCAGACACCUUCCUCGCUCUCCUCUCCGCCUACCUCCUCCUCCGCGCCGCACGGGCCGCACGGCGCCGGCUCACCGCCACAAAGCUGCGCGGACCGCCGCGCACGGACUGGUUUUUCGGCGUCGGCGACGAGCUCAUGCGCGCGGGGGACGCGAGCAUGCUAUACGAGGCGUGGGAAUGUAAAUAUGGCGCCGCGUACACGAUUCCGUCGACACUUGGCGCGAGUAGGGUCGUGCUGUGCGAUCCGCGGGCGAUCGCGCACUUUUAUGCGAGGGAUACGACGACGUAUGUGAGGACGAGGGUGAGCUUGAUAGCAAUUGAGCAUUUGGCUGGGAGGAAUCUGCUGUGGGCACAGGGAGAUGUGCAUAAGAGGCAGAGGAAGGCGUUGACACCUGCAUUCAGCAACUCUGCGAUUCGCAAGCUGACUUCUGUAUUCAUCGACUCGGGACACAAGGUCAAGGAUGCCUGGAACAACAUCAUCGAUGCUAGCUCUGAAGAUGACAGUGCGGUCAUCGAAGUGCAGAACUGGAUGAACCACGUCUCCCUCGACACAAUCGGCAUCGCCGGCUUCUCCCACGACUUCGGCACCCUGCUGGGCAAACACUCCUCCGUCGCGCAGACUUUCGACCAGAUGAACGUCGAGUCGCCCGGCAGGAACUACCGCGCGUUGCUUGCCAUCGUCUUCCCCUGGAUCCUCAAGUUUCCCAGCAGGCGCCGCACCAAGGUGCUGAAUCUGAAUAAGACGAUGGGCGACAGCGCCGCGCCGAUGCUGCAGCGCUCGAGGGAGGAGAAGGCCGCGGGGAAUAAGGAAGGGGGUGAGAGGUCGAUUAUUGAGUUGUUGGUCAAGUCUGAGGCGGACGAUGCGGAGCUGCAUAUGUCAUCGCAGGAGGUUGUGGACCAGAUGAAGCUGCUCAUCUUUGCUGGUUACGAGACAACAUCGAUUGCUCUCACCUGGGCCUUGAUUGAGCUGUCGCGGAACCAAGAAACCCAAACCAAGCUCCGCAACGAGCUCUCCCAGUUCACCAACACCGACCCAACGUACGACCAGCUGACCAACUCACUUCCGUACCUCGACGCCGUCACGCUCGAAGUGCUUCGCCUCCGCUCACCCGUCUCUGAAACCACUCGCCUGGCCGGCGAAGACGACCUCAUCCCGCUCUCGCAGCCUAUCCCCGACGCCUCCGGAAAGCUCGUCUCGCACAUCGCAGUCGCAAAGGGCACGCUCGUCACCGUGCCCAUUCACUACACGAACCGGGCCGUCAAGUUCUGGGGGCCCACGGCGCGCGAGUUCGCACCCGAGCGGUGGCUCGAUGGGUAUGAUGGGGAGGGAAAGUACGCAAAGGGCGCGGCGAGGGACGUGUCCGGGCAUAGGAACAUGUUGACGUUUGCGGACGGGUCGCGGAUGUGUUUGGGCAAGGCGUUUGCGGUUGCUGAGUUUAAGGCGGUGUUGUCUGUUCUGAUCAGGAACUUUUCGUUUGAGCUGCGCGACGGGCCAAGCACCCAGUUCGAGAGCCAGCGCACGCUUUUGCCCCGGCCGAGGGUGGUGGGCGAGAAGGGAGUGGAUGUGCCGCUGAGAGUGAGGAGGUUGAACUGA